AUGAGACGACGAACAGAGUCUGGAAGCUGUUCUGAAGCUCCUGGAGCUAUAAAUUCAGACAUUGAAAACCCUCAUAAGGUUUACGAAAAGGCCGAAACGUUUUGGUCACGCUGCACGCAAGAUGAGGAUGGUAUGCUGGGAGGGAUUCCAUCUCUCCAUGGACCAGAUGUUGUUGGAUCGACAAAUUUUCUGAAGAUUCUGAAGAAAAACCUAAUUGUGACUAAAUUUGACAACGCUCUGGAUUGUGGAGCUGGAAUCGGAAGAGUGACCAAGCACGUGUUGAUGAAUUCAUUUGAUUCGGUCGAUAUGGUUGAUUUAGUGGAUGAACUUGUAGCAACAAGCGCUGACUACAUUGGAACUGACGAUGGAAUCGGAGAGAAGUUCGUGGAAGGCUUGCAGACUUUUGAGCCACCCAUCCAAAAGUACGAUGUCGUUUGGAUUCAAUGGGUGUCUGGACAGCUGACCGAUCAGGAUUUGACAAGCUUUUUACAAAGAUGCAUUAAAGGACUUGCUCCCAACGGAACAAUUGUGAUCAAAGAAAGCGUGUCUGCUGGAGGUAAAACGUUGUACCACGAUUCAGAUGGCUGCUGGACAAGACCAGAGUCACUUCUCUUGGAAAUCGCGCAGAAUGCUGGAUUACAUGUGGUGCACAAGACGGUUCAAACAGGAUUUCCAAAAGGACUAUUUGCUGUAAAAAUGAUUGCACUCAAGCCAGUGCAUCCUGUAGAAGAGGAUGAUGAAUAA